UGCACCCUUGCUGAGAAUUUUGUUGAUUUGGUCCCUGCUGAUACACAAUGUUGUUUUCUCAUUCUGAAAUAGUCCCAUCAACUGAAAGAGAAAAAUAAAGGUGGAAUCAGGAGAAGAACCAAAUGGACAACUCGAGUGGUUCAACCAUGCACUUUCCUAUGAGCAUUAGUCAGAUUGAAUUUCUGAAUGGCUCAAACUUCAAGAAGUGGAAAGGUGACAUUGACUUGAAUUUGGGAGUUUUGGAUUAUGAUCAUGUGUUGAAGGAGGAUCCACCUGAGGAAUUGACACCAACUGCAAGUAGGGAAAGCAAGGAAAAAUAUGAAAAGUGGUAUAAGCAUAAUAAGAUGGCACUAAUCAUGAUGAAGAAGAGUAUAAGUGAGAGUGUGAGAGGAGGCAUUCCAGACUCAGAAUAUGCAAAAGUGUUCUUCAACUCUAUUGCUGAGAAAUACAAGGUCUCAGACAAGGCAGAAAUAGGGAAUCUCAUGAAGUCUCUUACCAGAAUGCAAUACAAUGGCAAAGGGAGUGUCAGAGAAUAUAUAAUGAGGGCUUCUGAUACUGCGGGGAAACUCAGGGCACUGAACAUGUCUGUUGAGGAUCCAUUCCUGUUAACAUAUGAUGACAGUUUCUUGAUGGAAGAAACUGACGUGAAUGGCUAA